UCGAAGUUGAUCGAUUCUUGUGUGAAGAAAUCCAUCAUCAUGAGGAGUUAUUUGGGAGCCAAAGCGCUCCUCUUCAUUACAAUUACCUUCCUCAAAGUUGCAAGCAGUGUUCCAGCUUCGGGAAAAGUGAAGGCUCUCUACAAUUGGAGUCCUUUUGAAUUUUCAGGACUUCCCCAAAGUGAAUUUGCCCAGGUUGAUGGAUACAAUUACUACAUCAGCAAAUACAUCCUCCCCACUGCUGUUUCCCUUCAUAUCAAGAGUCAAUGUAUGUUCUUCCCAAUUUUGAGAUUGAAUCCCGGUAUCCCAGCUACGGUUACUUACGUGGAUACAAGUGAAUACCGCAAAGGAUCUUCACCAGUUCUUCGGGGAUUCCCCACGUAUGAGGAUAACUACGUUCCUGGGUGGUUUGGUGUGAAUACCCUUCCGGAUGAUGAUUAUCUGCACAACAUCUAUCCAGGCUAUGGGAAGAAUUUGAAUGUUGACGAUGAGGAGGAUAUUCCAGAAAAGGAUGAGUCCAAAAAAGAUGAUCAAAUCAAGGAUGAGCCUAAAAAAGACGAUGAAAUUAAAGAAGAGAUUAAGAAAGACGAUCAAGUUACAGAUGAGUCAAGAAAGGAAGAAGUUAAGGACAAGAAAGUUGUGGAGGAGAAGUUAAAUGAUAAAGAAGCUGUAAAACGUGAAGAAGAUGAAAUUAUUGAUGAAAAGAGGAAAGUUGUUGUGAAAACAGACAAAGAAGAGAUUCAUGAUGAAAGCAGGAAAAGCCAUGGAAGCUAUAACAAAAAUCCCAGCGUAGUCUAUGUCCCUGUUCAAACCCCAUCAGUUGCAUCAUCCCGCAACCUCUAUCACUUUGUCUCAGUUUACUACACCAACAUGGAUAAUCAAUGCAAUCGUCUGUUUUUCGUGGACUACGGUGUUCAGCGUCAAUUUGGUAAUGUCAUCUACACACGUCGUCCUGUCCUGUGGGCAUUCCCCAUCUACGGAUGUACUCCGGAAACUCUAAAUCAACCCCCAGUACUCAAAGUAACCAUCCCUAAUACAGUUUACAAUGAUGCAACAGGCUUCUCAACUGCUGCCAUUGAUAUCUACGGCAGUUGUGAUGAAUUUGCAGUUUACAUUGCAAACUGCUACGAUAACUCCAUCGUUGUCUAUGAUAAUGUGAAGAAGUACUUCUGGGCAUACAAGCACAACACUUUCCAACCAGGUGCUGAGAGAUCAUUUGUCUCCGGCCUUCCUCCAAUUGAUUCAUACAAUUUUGGUGUAAUGGGUAUUUCUUUGGGGGCACAAACCAAGAGUCUCUACAAGGACUUCUACUAUGCUCCAGGAUCAAGCUAUGGUGUAUUCAAAUCCUCAACGGAGAUCAUUAGGAACAAAUAUUGGGCUCCUGGAGAUCCAGCUUCGCCAUUCUUUGCUUUCCUUGGCUACGGAGGAAUUGAUCGUCAAUCAAUUAUGCUCUUUGACGAUGAAACUCAAGUUUUGUUCUUCAUCCACUUGCUCUCCAAUACACUACAGUGCUGGAAUACAAACGCUCCACUGGAAGAUGGAAAUGUUGUUACUCUCUUUAGUGAUUUGGAGUUCGGAGUAGACAUCCUAAUGGACGGUGAUAGGAAUCUUCGAUUCCUGCUCUACAAUGGCAAUGGCUUGACAUUCUACGACCAAGGCAGGACUACCAAUCCAUUCUAUCAGCUCUACUACGUUAACAUUGAUAGCGUCAUUAAGGGUACUGCUUGUGACCCAAAGUACGUCUAAAACGCCGUAGUUGAUUUAAUUAAAUCAAGUGAAUAAAAAUGAAAUAAUGUAGGACAAUUUUCUCUGCCUAAUAAAAUUAGUUAAAAGAAGAUUUAAAA